ACGCUCCUUGCGCAACCAGAAUCUCCCACCAUCGCGACCACAACAUUCGACCAAGCUGACCAAAGUUGGCCACAACCUGCCCUUUCGCUAUUAAUUGUCAAACGUAGUCCUUGCUGAAAAUACUUCAACAGUUGCACUCCAACUCCAAGGUCUGUCGGGGAGAGUAAACAAGAUGGGUCUGCUCUCCUCUCUCACCUGGACCGGCAUUGCCGUUAUCCUCUUCCUCUAUUUGGCUGCCUACGGAAUUGCUUUGGUACUGUAUCGCCUCUACUUCCAUCCCCUGGCAGACUUCCCUGGCUCUGUCAUGGCUCGCUCGACCUUCUUGUACGAGUUCUACCACACCUACUUUCGCGAGGGCUCGUACUACCUUAGGGUCAAGGACAUGCACAAGAAAUAUGGCCCCGUCGUUCGCAUUACACCAGAUGAACUCCACGUCGAUGACCCCACGUUCUACAACACUGUCUUCGUCUCCUCAUGCGCCCGAAAGACUGAGAAUUACCCAAGAGCUAGUGAGGGAACCGGAUUCGAAGACAUGGUUGCCAUCUCCAAAUCCCAUGACAUGCACCGUUCUGCUCGUGGAGUCCUUAAUCCGUUCUUCUCGAAGGCUAAGAUGAAGUUGAUGGAAGACAGAGUUUUGAACCGAGUACGAACAAUGUGCACAAAAUUCAGAGUAAUUCGGGGCACAGGCAAAGUCGUCAACAUUACAAAUGCCAUUAACUCCUUGACAACUGAUGCGGUCUCUUCGAUGAUUUUCGCAUACCCCAGCGACUAUCUAGGAGCUUCUGAUUUCAACGAAGUUUAUUUCGCAAAUCUGAAGCGCGGUAUCAUGAGUGUGCCUAUCUUUGCUGUUCUUCCAUGGUUUGCCAAGUCUGUUCUUCAAAUCGUGAUGAACUUCCAGUUAUCCUUGCUGACUUUCAAGAGGGUGUUCACCGCGCCAUUUCUAAAGUAUGCUGUUGAGAAAGCAACAGGUUGGAGAGUCUGGGAUGACGCAAGUAUAUCCACUCAAUAUUCAGGGGCCGGGGACUAACCGCAGAACAGAAAGCUCAACGCGAAAUCUUGAGGACGAGACUUCGCCCAAACGGCCAAGGAGGAGCCAGACACGGUACGACACUCCUUGGGUAUCUAGCCCGCAGUAACAUCCAACAAGCUCUAUUUGGUCGGGGAGGGUUUUGCCGCUUGGCUCAGGUAUUUUGGUUCUGAGCAAACACAGAACUCCUGCUAAUCCAGCAACUCAACAGCUCAUCCAGCAGGCCGGUACACAUAACGUCUCGUACACAAUAUCUGCAAUAAUCACUCACCUACUUCUCAAUCCAACGAAGUUGCAGAUCAUGCGUGCCGAGCUUGGCCCCGUGUUUGCAAAUACUGAUUUCCUACCUGGUGUACCCUCGAGAAGCUGCCCUACCUUACAGCAGUCAUCAAGGAAGGCCUGAGGUCAGCUUUUCUU